AUAUGAAAACGAUGGCCGAAACGAACAUAAGCGACAGAAAUGUGGAGAAGCCGUCGACUAGUAGUGAACCCCAGAAGCCGAGGGGCACUAAACGGGAGGACUCGCUGAGUGUAGUGGGCGUAGAGCUGAUUGACUCGAUGGCCACCAACCCAUUCGUGGACCGGGUGUUCAAAGCGGCCAUAACUAUGGUGUUGUUUCUAGUGCUUAGUGGUGUGCUGUGGUGUGUCUCCAAAAUACAGACCAGUUUCAGUGACCUCUUGGAGCAAAUAGCGGUCACUGUAUUCAUACUAACACUUGUGGUGUUCGCGGUGUCCGGACUGGUGUUCAUGUGCUCUAUACUACUCAUCAGCACUAAUGAUAGACAGACGACCACUGAAGUGAAAAAUAACAUCAAUAAUAAUAUCGGAGAUAAUAAUGCAGUGAUCAUAACUGGUUGUGACACUGGCUUUGGUAAUGGACUGGCGUUUGAAUUGAAUGCAUUGGGUUUCUAUACGAUCGCCUUAUGUCUGGAUGCAAAGGGCGAUGGGGUCAAGCAAUUGACAAAUAAAGCUAUUUUUGCCAACAAAUUCAUUACUUUAGAGCUCGACAUCACUCAAGAAUCGCAAAUUGAUAAGACUUUUGACGAGAUUUCGCAUCUUCUGCGAGAUAAUGGCCUCAAACUGUGGGCACUCGUCAACAACGCCGGCAUUUUUGACGCCGGGUAUGUCGAGUGGGGUAAUGGUGUGGAGGCCUACCAGCGCCUACUGGAUGUGAAUACAUUGGGCACUAUUCGGAUGACCAGAAAAUAUUUGCCACUUUUGCGCGAAACGGGCGGACGAGUGGUGAAUGUGCUGAGCGUUGCCGCGCGACUGGCCAUCGAUGGCUACAGCGCUUACUGUGUCUCAAAACACGCUUCCCUUGCC